AUGGUUUCUCGGGGUGCUGGGUAUUCAGAGCUCUCUGGCGGCCUCCUCAGCGAGAUCCGCACGCCCAUCCGCACCGAGCCCUUCCAGGAGCGCUACAGCCUCAGCCCCGGCAGGGAGCUCGGCAGAGGAAAAUUUGCUGUGGUGAAGAAGUGCAUCCAGAAAGGAACUGAAAAGGAGUUUGCAGCAAAAUUCAUGAGAAAAAGAAGAAAGGGCCAAGAUUGUCGAAUGGAAAUAAUCCAUGAAAUUGCAGUUCUCGAGUUGGCACAAUGCAACCUUUGGGUCAUUAACUUGCAUGAAGUUUAUGAAACUGCAACAGAGAUGAUUUUAGUCUUGGAAUAUGCUGCUGGAGGUGAAAUUUUUGACCAGUGUGUGGCUGAAAGGGAGGAAGCCUUCAAAGAGAAAGAUGUUAAACGACUUAUGAAGCAAAUUUUAGAAGGAGUUUCGUUCUUACACAGAAACAAUGUGGUUCAUCUCGACUUAAAGCCCCAGAAUAUUCUACUAACCAGUAAAUCUCCUCUGGGUGACAUAAAGAUAGUUGACUUUGGUCUUUCCAGAAUAAUGAAGAGCAGUGAGGAACUAAGAGAAAUUAUGGGAACUCCGGAAUAUGUAGCUCCUGAAAUUCUGAGUUAUGACCCAAUCAGUACAGCAACAGACAUGUGGAGCAUUGGAGUACUGGCAUAUGUCAUGUUAACAGGGAUAUCGCCAUUCUUAGGGGACGAUAAGCAAGAAACAUUCUUAAAUAUAUCUCAGAUGAACAUCAGUUACUCUGGAGAAGACUUUGACCUCAUAUCAGAGUCUGCUGUGGAUUUCAUCAAAACACUGCUGGUUAAAAAGCCCGAGGAGCGGGCAACUGCUGAAGAGUGUCUUCAACAUCCCUGGCUGCAGCAAAGCGAUAAUCCUGCUCACAGGGUCUGGAGCAAGAGUACAGGGGAGGAGAGCAGCGAUGUCCAGGGAGAGGCAGAUUCUGCCUCUGGGAAAUGUGUAGAUGUUGAGAAAACUGAAGAGGAAGAAUCCAUCGUGACGGAAGAACUAAUUGUAGUGGCAUCAUACACGCUGGGACAAUGUAGGCAGUCAGAGAAGGAAAAAGUAACUGAGCAAAAAGCCAUUUCCAAACGAUUUAAAUUUGAGGAACCUUUGCUGCAGGAGUUACCAGGAGAAUUCAUUUACUGAACUUUGUGGAGUUUUAUAGCUAUAACUGAAAGGCAGGAGUUUCUACUAAGCAACAAAUAUCUUAGCCAAGGGAAUCUCUGAUAUGCAAUAGAUGUUCUAGAUAAACAAAAACAUUCAGAAAUGGCAACUAAGGAAAAUGUGCCAAGCUUUUAAUUUUGUGGAACAGUUA